AUGGAGUCCCCAUUCACACUGGAAAUUCAGAAUAUGGCUCUGACGUAUUCUAUCCAAGGGAAUACGGCGAACACUUGUCAACCGGGACUUAGAUAUCUUUAGAUUCUUGCCUCGGUAGUGUAUAAUUCUUAGGAUUCUACCAUUACUAUGGAUGGUCUCCAUGUAUUCUCCCAUCAGGUUCAUCGCAGACUACAAGAGAUGGUCAUUCGAUUCUUGGACCAUUCAAAAAAGAUGGCAUUCUUUGGUAGCCAUGUGAUGUAGAUUUAUGUAAUGGAGUUGAAAUUGCUGGAAUAUAUUAUUAUGUAACAACUAUGUUCCAUCCAUAUACUGUGGGAUGCUGGGGACCAUCUCCUAUGA